CCAAAUUAUUUCAAUACAUUAUUAUCGGGAUAAGGAAGGACCGGAAAAACCACCAGCAAGCGCUCAACGAUACGAUGCGAUCCAUCUUUCUAAUCACCCUUUUGGCGGUGAUUACCGUGGCUUUCGCUGCCGUUCCACAUAGAGUACCGAAAGCCGAAACCAACCGGCGGCUUGUUGGACAGCUGUUUACACAACGAUUCGCGGGAGCAAAAAAACACGCACCGACAGGAUUCAGUGCUAACCAACGGCAAGUUACCGAACACUUCUUCACCACAAAUGUAGAUCACUUUAAUGCUCAAAACACUGACCAAUGGACGCUGCGGUAUUUUGCUUCAACCGAUAAUUACCUGCCAGGUGGUCCCAUUUUGAUUUUCCUUGGCGGAAUCACCCCAAUCGUACCAGAGAUGAUUGAUCAGACAACGCUGAUCUACGAAAUGGCACGGGAGUGGAACGGUGCGCUGUUUGCCUUUGAAUCUCGGUUCUACGGGCAAAGUCGAGUCACUGAAGAUUUGAGAACCGAAAAUCUGCGCCUAUUGAGUACAGACCAAAUAUUGGCGGAUUUGGCUGAAUUCGUUACUUACGUGAAGCGCGAGCAUAUCGGAGACGAAACGGCACGGGUUUUGGUUGCCGGCACUCAGUUGGGCGGAUCGUUGGCCGCCUGGUUCCGAGUUCGAUAUCCGCACCUAGCAAACGCUGCGUGGUCUUCUAGUGCUUUGAUGCAUGCCUUGCUCAACUUCCGAGAUUUCUCAGAAGCCUGGGGAGAUACGUUGAUCGAACAUGGCAGUCAGGAGUGCUACAAUGAGAUCUUCGUGGCAUUCCAUGUUUUGCAGAACCUGAUCGACUUGGGAAGGGCCGAGCUGAUGUACGAGAAGUUCAACAUUUGUACACCAAUCGAUCCGGAAGAUACGCACCAAGUUCAGCAUUUCUUCGCUGUCUUGAUGGCAACGGUUGAACUGGUCACAAUAUUCAAUAAUGACGUGGCCUAUUUCGCUGAAGUCUGCCAGGAUAUUACGGAAACUGAUGCGGAAACUGCCGUAGAUGCUUUUGCGGGCUGGUUUAAUUCAAUAUGGAAUGAUACGCUCGGCUGUGCACUCACAGAUGUAGCAGAGGCCAUCGAAACACUCCAAGACAUUAGUUGGGAAAACGAGUAUAGCGAAUUCGGAAUCCGCCAAAGCGUUUAUCUAGAGUGUACGGAGUUUGGUUGGUUCAUCACGACCGAUUCACCUUUCCAGCCGUUUGGCGACCGAAUUACGAUUGAUUAUUUCAUCAACAUGUGUCGUGGAGUAUUUGGUGAUUGGAUCAGUGAGGAAUCGAUCCAGCGAGGCAUUGAUCGUGCGAAUAAUCGGUUUGGUGGAGACAAUCCUGGCUCUAGUUUAACUCACUUCACCAACGGCGAUGCUGAUCCGUUGAGAAUGAUAAGUAUUACCCGUAAUCUAACGCUCGAUGCGCAAGCCGAUGUGAUUCGCAACCAGAUGGGAGGUUCCGAUCUGCCUGCCAUGUCCCCGGAUGAUCCUGCAGAUCUGCAAGAGCUCAAGCAACGUCUGAAGGUAACACUAGCCAGUUAUCUAUUCCCAUUCACUCCGCAUGAGAGUCCUUGAGAUCGCUGUUGCGGAAAGAGGAGAGACAAUAAUAAGGUUUCAGUUAUAAAUAAAUAUUAUAAGAAAUAAAGUUGCGAUAACUGAUAAAAAA